CAUUAGACGUUUCGGUGUUCAAAAGGUUUGUACUUUUUAUGAAGUCAACAAAUGACAUCAAUCUUCAGGAGAAAGAUUGCAGUCUGGAAGCUCGUGAGGAAAUACAAGAAGAAGAGGUAACCGAGACGGCAGAAACACAACUUAAUACUGAAAACAUGAAUGAUGACAAAAAAUCUCAAACUUAUUCUCCAAACAAACAAGUAAAUUAUGGUUAUAUUAAAUAUGUAAGUCUAGCAAUAUUGACUAUUCAAAAUGCAGCUCUUGGCUUAAGUAUGAGGUAUGCUCGUAUAAGAGAUGUAGAAAUGUUUUAUUCUACUGCAGCUGUGCUGAUGGCAGAGGUUUUGAAAUUGGCAAUAUGCAUAGUUUUAGUUUUGAAUGAAUCAGGAAAUGUUUCAAAAGGAGCUCGAACAAUGUACACUACAGUCAUAUUAAAUUUUAAAGAUACUCUCCGUGUUUGUGUGCCAUCAUUUUUAUAUGUUAUACAAAAUAAUUUGCUUUAUGUAUCUGCAUCUAAUUUAGAUGCUGCUACAUAUCAGGUAACAUAUCAAUUAAAACUAUUAACUACAGCAUUUUUCGCUGUAAUUGUUUUAAAAAGGAGAUUGAAGAAAUGGCAAUGGUGUGCCUUGGGUUUGUUAGUAGCAGGUGUUGCUCUUGUACAACUGUCUUCAACUGGGAAAAGUACUGGCUCAACGGCAACUAAUGCUCCAAAACAAUCAAAGAUACUAGGUUUUGGAGCAGCACUGGCAGCUUGUUUUAUAUCUGGUUUCGCUGGGAUAUACUUUGAGAAGGUUCUGAAGGAAUCUGACAUAUCGGUGUGGAUGAGAAACGUGCAACUUAGUUUAGCAUCUUUACCAUUCGGUAUUAUAACACAUGUUAUAAACAAUGGUACUAUGACAAAUUUGUUAAAAGGAUUUGAUGGAUUUGUAUGGUAUCUAGUAGUUUUACAAGCCGCUGGAGGUUUGAUAGUGGCUGUGGUAGUAAAAUAUGCAGAUAAUAUUUUGAAAGGCUUUGCAACAUCUGUUGCAAUAGUUAUAUCUUGUGUAGUUUCUAUAUUCAUUUUUGAUUUUCAUUUAAGUGUACAAUUUUCUUUGGGCACAAUACUUGUUAUAGGCUCAAUUUUCUUGUAUGGUUAUGUACCUAAAAAACCAGAAACUCGAACUUCAUUAAGUGUAUGAUUUAUGUUAUUAUUUACAAUUCUAUGUUCUAAGUAUAAAUUUGCCAGUACUUAUAAAUUUAAGUAAAAUACUUUAAGAAAUAUGUAUUCACAAAA